AACUAAGAAAGAGAGAGAGAGAGAAAAAGUAAAAACUAUUUUCAAGAAAGAAAGAGAGAAAAGCAUUAUAAAGUUGAUUUUUUUCCUCUUAAAUUUUUUUGAUGACAAUAAAAAGUUUGUAUCAUAGUAGUCAGCUUGUGCUACAAAACUUUCUCUCUCUAGAAAGUUUCAGUUUUUAGUUUUGUGUUGGCUAAGGAUUUUAUAGAGGAAAAAAAGGAAAAAAAGAAAAGACACAGAGAGAGAAAAAAACAGGGGAGAUAACAGAAAAUGUCGGAACCAAAAGAUCCGGCGAUCAAAUUGUUUGGGAAAAUGAUCCCUUUGCCUGAGAAAUCUCCUAAAGUAGCAACAGCGGACUUUUGUGCUACUUGUGGUGAUGAUAACACCAACAAUGAUAAUACUGAUCAUUCUUGUUCUACAAAUUCUUCACCAGAGGAAAACAAAGGGGAAGAGAGAGAAGCUGAAAAGGACACUGUGGGAGCCAAAACAACGGAUGUUGAACAUGAAGUUGCAGAUAGAAAGGAGGAGGAGGGAUCUAAACAGGAUGAUGGUGCUCCUCCAGUUACUUCUGGAGAGUCCACAAAUUUGGAGGCAAACUCUGGAGCAAGUGACAACUCUAAAACGCCUUCUGCCGAGAAGGAGAGCACUGCUUUAAAAACUUCAAAAACAGAAGAGGAUCAAAGCGAGACCAGUAAUCCGCAAGAAAAAACCUUGAAGAAACCUACUAAAAUUCUUCCAUGCCCCCGCUGCAACAGCAUGGAUACCAAGUUUUGUUACUACAACAAUUACAAUGUCAAUCAACCUCGACACUUUUGCAAGAACUGCCAGAGAUACUGGACAGCUGGUGGGACCAUGAGAAAUGUUCCUGUGGGUGCUGGACGUCGCAAGAACAAGAAUUCAGCUUCUCACUACCGUCAAGUAACUGUCUCUGAAGCUCUGCAGAAUGCUCGUAUUGACAUUCCUAAUGGAGUCCACCAUCCGGCACUAAAAGCUAAUGGUACUGUUCUGACCUUUGGCUCAGACGCACCCCUCUGUGAAUCAAUGGCUUCUGUUUUGAACCUUGCAGAUAAAACAAUGCAUAAUACGACACGGAAUGGGUUUCAUAGGCCUGAAGAGGUAAAAAUUCCUGUCUCUUAUAAGGAUGGAGAAAAUGGGGUUGAGUGUUCAAAUGGAUCAUCUGUCCCGACUUCAAAGGAUGAGGCAGGUAAAUCUGGGUUGCAAGAUCAGAUGAUGCAGAAUUGUCAGGGUUUUCCACCUCAGAUGCAAUGCUAUCCCGGGGCUUUUUGGCCUUACCCGUGGAAUUCAGCUCAAUGGAGCUCUCCUGUACCUCCACCUCCACCUGCUUUCUGCCCUCCAGGUUGCUAUCCGAUGCCAUUCUAUCCUGCAGCUGCUUACUGGGGCUGUACUGUACCUGGCACUUGGAACGGCCCUUGGCAUCCUCAGCCUUCCCCUUCAAAGCAAUCAGCCUCAAGUUCCGGUCCUGAUUCCCCCACCUUAGGAAAACAUUCAAGAGAUGAGAACACGAGCAAACCAAGCAACUCUGGAGAAGAGGAGCAAGUGAAGGAAAAUAAUGCAGAGAGAAGCCUUUGGAUUCCAAAAACAUUGAGGAUCGAUGAUCCGGGAGAAGCAGCAAAGAGUUCUAUAUGGGCAACACUCGGCAUUAAGAAUGAUAAAUCCGAUUCAAUAGGUGGUGGAGGACUGUUCAAAGCAUUUCAAUCAAAGGGUGAUGAAAGGACUGAGGUUCCUGAAACCUCUCCAGUCUUGCAGGCAAAUCCAGCAGCAUUGUCAAGAUCAAUAAACUUCCGUGAGAGCUCAUAAUCGUGUAACUUUAUGACAUUUACUUGCUUAUGGUGCUGCAUACAGCUUGGUGGUGUUAAUUAUUAUACAAAUCCAAACCUACUCUGUUAGCCGCUUGGUCAUAUUCACUCACCAUCCCCUCUAUAUAACCAAUUCUCAAAGUAUGCUAACUGAGGAGAACAGAAGAAGAGUCCUAUCAUAUGGUUUGAAGGCAGAGUGUCUAGCUAGCUUAAGUAGAAACUGAUUUUUCUUCCUUUUGUUUUUUGGGGGUUUAAUUUUGUUUUUGGGAUUCCUUUUUCUUUCCAUUGAUGGUAUGAGCAGGGUUUGCGAGUUCUGUACAUAAAUAUAUAUAUAUAUAUAUAUGAAAUGGUGAGAGGUAGGACCAAGUAAGUUUCUGUACCAUAAAUCCCACUUGUAGUUAAAUAAAUUUGGGAACUCAAGUUAAUCUUCUUAUUCUCUUAA